AUGACCACCACUGACUACAUGACCACUACUGACUACAUGACCACCACUGACGACAUGACCAUCACCGACUACAUGGCAACCACUUCUGGCAACACCGUCAGAAAGAAUCACUUGCUGAGACUCCUCUCGGAGAUUUUGAACAGCCAGACCCGAACCACCUAG